AUGGCGCGGCGCGGCGGCGGCGGCGGCGGGAGGCGGAGCAAGGUGACGCCGAACCUGGGGGCGGACCGGGAGGGCACGCGGAUGCUCAACCUCACCGUGCUGCGGCGCCUCGACCCCGCCAUCGUUGACAUCCUCAUCACCGCCGCCAGCGUCACCGCCUACAGCUUCGACCAGGACACGGUCCGAUGGAGCCACAAGGGCGUGGAGGGGUCGCUCUUCGUCGUCAAGAGGAACACCCAACCCAGAUUCCAGUUUCUCAUCAUGAAUCGUCGAAAUACAGAAAAUCUGGUCGAGGACCUCCUGGGCGGUUUUGAUUACAAGGUGGAAGUUCCUUACAUAAUAUACACCAAUGCUGCAGCCGAAAUUAUUGGAAUAUGGUUCUAUGAGCCUGAGGAAUGUGAAGAAGUAGCACAUCUUUUCAGUAGGAUACGUAAAGCAUAUUCCAGGGCAUCCCCAGAGAAACUGGUUCCUUCAGUUAAAAGUUUCAGUGAUUGUGAAGAGCUGGAAGUAGCAUCUGAUGUUCCCUCAUCUGAAGAUACCCUAGAGCAGCCAACAACACCAUCUACAUUGGUACCUGGCGAUGUUGAAUUCAAGUUAUUGUCAGCUUUGUUAACAGCAGCUGCAUGUGUUGGAGCACCCACUGGUGGAGCAGGUCCAGUACAGCCAAAUCAACCUAUCAGGGCGGUUCCUUCAUCUAGGCGUGCAUCGCCAGCGCCUAGUGCUGUUUCAUCACAGCCUCCUGCCUCACAUAAUCUGCUUCCUGCUCCACGAGCGUCAGCAGCUACCGUGGUUCCCCAAGAUGCUCAUGUACCCACCAGCGCUCCUACCAUUCAGCCUGCUAGUCUUUCAAAACCACCAUUCUUUCCCCCCAUUGUUACCACAUCUUCGCAAGCAGCAACAGCUCAUGCUGCUUUUCCAUCUUCAGCUCCACCCCCAUUUCUUCCCCCCCUUUCCAUUCAGCACCGGCAGAGUGCUCCCUAUUUCCAGCCAUUCCCACUACCCUCUGCUCCUCCUCCAAUUGAUCCUCCGCACAGGCAAAGUGCUCCCUUGUCCCAGCCCUUCGCACAAUCCACUGCUCCUCCUCCACCUGAUCCUCAGCGCAGGGAAAGUGCUCCCUUGGCCCAGCCCUUUACACAAUCCACUGCUCCUCCUGCACUUGAUCCUCAGCAGAGGCAAAGUGCUGUCUUGCUCAAGCCCUUUCAACUAUCCUCUGCUCCCCCUCCACCUCGUCCUCAGCACUGGCAAAGGUCUCCUUCGCUCGAGCACUUUGCACGGCCCACUGAAUGCCUCCCUCCACCAUACGGUGCGCUGUUGCUUCAGCCAUUUCCACCACCUAAUCCUCCUCCUCCACUGCUUGCCCCAACAGCAUCGUAUGGCCCAGUGAUACUAUCAAGAGACAACCUGAGAGGUGCAUUGCUGAGGCUUGUGCAGAAUGAUGAUUUCAUCAACAUGUUCUACCGGGAGAUUGUAAAAGGGUAG